CUAUGAGAGGCCGCGCGCGCAUCUGUACUGAUUCGUGUAAUUAGUGUUCUGAUUGUGUUUUGUUUGUGGAAAUAGUGUUUUGUUUAGUUCUCGUAUUGUAGAGAAAGGUUUUUGGAGUAGCGUUAUACGAUUCAGCACAAUGGCUGAAAUAAGCAAGCACUUGUUCGAGAGCGCCUGCAGCGAUCUGCACUGCAGCGUGAUCCUUCAUCCUUGGGACAGAAGUUGCUGGUCUUCGUCCAUACAAACAUAUAAAGAUUCGUUGAUUGGCAGCGCUCGAUUCUACGCACUUAUACAUUUGGCACAAAACUUAAUACGCGGUAAGAAGAUACUCCAAAAAGAAGAACUUAAGAAAGCCCUUGAAUACUACCUCAGGUCCACUCUCCUAGGAACCCUAAUUAGCGGGACCUGUGUCUCACUUGGCUGUUUACUUAGAUUACUAUUGGGCAAACAAUUUACGUAUUACACGUACUUGAUGAUUCCCAAUAUGAUUAAUGGAUUAUUUAUAUUAUUAGAACCCCCUUCGCGAAGAGGCCUCGUUAUCAACUUGUUCACUAAUUUGGUGAUUGAAUAUUGGUUACAAUCAUUGCAUCGUUCAGGAUAUUUGGCGAUGACAAAAUGGAAGCAAACUUUUCUGUUCAUGCUGGGUAGUUCUCUUCUCUUCUAUCUUAUGCGGUUAGAGGGAGACAAGGAGAAGAGAACACCCUUAUUAUGGCUAUUUACACCGGAGAAAGUGCGAAGAAAAACGGAUGAUUCCAAAAACGUUUGUCCCCACAAUGGACCCUGUUUGCAAUAUAUAUUAAAGGGUACGUCAAUUUACUUCGGUGCUGGUUUAGCGUUAACGAUGGCUAAGACUAUUCUACCCAGGCUCAGAAACCCAUUGAAGGUUCUUUCAAACAUACGCGGGAGACACUUCAGUAUGGCGCUGUUCUUCGGAAGCUAUAUCGGUAUCUAUAGAGCUGUCAUAUGCUACUUGUGCCGUAGGCGUGGUUAUGACUCGGCAAUGUAUGCGUUACCAGCUGGGUACAUCGCAGGCUUGGCAUUUCUUUUCAAGCCAAACCUCGGAUUUGCGAUCGCGGCACUAACGGGAGCGUUCAAGAUCUAUUCCACAACACUUUACGAAAAGAAGAUCUUACCAGAGAAUGUACCCCUGCCCCUCAUACUGUACUGCGUCUGUCAAGGGAUCCUGUUCCACACACGCUUCAUGCACCCCGAAGUGUGUCCCAGUUACGUCAUAAACCUUAUUAAGAGCGUCAGUAAUGGAAGAUCUGAAAUUCUCUACAGAAAUAUGUUAGAAGCAGUCAAGAGAGCAUCCUUAUGAAAGUGAUUUAACCUUAAGGUUUAGGUGACUGGCUUUACUUUAAUGGUGUAAUUAGAAUAAUAUUAGAAAUUAUAAUUAAAGGUGCUGAUCAAAGAUAAAUAUAUUGCGUUAAUGUGAAUAUAUUUCAUUUGUGAAAUUGGAGUAUAUUAUAUAUUCGAAUGUUAAAGGUACAGAUAUGCAAAUGUAAUUAAAGUAUAUGAUGUAAGUGAUGAAGUAACAGGAUUUAGAUGGUAUAAAGUAGAUACAAUAUGGGGUAAAUUAUAAAUUGUUUUCUGAUAUUAAAGAUGAGGAAAGGUUUGACGAUGGGAACAAAGGAAUAGGCUGGGAACGGUGAGAAUACUGAUCUCCGGUUGCCCCAAUCACCGAUCGAAACUCAGUAGCAUGCUGUUAUUUCUCGCUGAUCUUCUAAGAUACCAUUCCCAGUUCGAGCUGGCCCAAUUCGCGCCAGAUCGUGCUCAAUCCUUCACUUAAUUUAUUUAUUCAAUAAGACUUUGUACUAAGCACUUAACAAUUGUUAUAACUAUAUAAGUUUUACCAUUUUCGACGGGUUCGGAGAGCUUUCUACAGCCGGCAAGAAACUCUCUCGUUGCUCUUUAAAAAUCGUGUUAUUGGAUAUAAUAUGUAUA